UUAGUACCUUUCUGGACCUUGAAAGUGGUGAUUAUAUUCCUGUCUAUGGACAAGGAAAUACCUCUCGGAUUUCAUCAAAAAUAUCUUAAUUUGCGUACCAAAGAAGAACGAAGGUUUUACGGGUGUGGAACGACAUGAGGGUGAGUAAUUAAUGACAGAAAUGUUCAUUUUUGAGUGAACUAACCCUUUAAAAUGAUGAAUAAUUUUCAUGUUUACUUAUUUAGAAGUAUCCCAUUCAAAUCUCAACAGCAUAAUACAGUGGAGGUACAGUAUUUUAAGCAUUCAGCAUCAGUGACGUGAAAUGGAAAAUGAAUGGUAAAUAAUGACUUCUGUAUGAAUGACCACUGGAUGAAUUCUACAAAUGGACUCUCGUCAAUCAUUUACCUUACAAAAGGCACCAACAAACACAUACAUUAUCUGUGUGUGUGUGUGAAGGGGAAACCUCCCUAUAAAAGCUCCUCCUGGAUGAUAAGUACAUGACAAACAGAAACUCAACACGGAAUUCAGCUGUCAGCUGCCAUGAACCUACAGCGCCUCUCCUCUCUGCUGCUCUGUGUCGCUUGCAGUGCAGUUUUCACUAUAAGAGCAGCAGCCACUCACACAUCUGCACUGGAUCAUGGAACCGUGAUGUCAUCAUCAGGGGAGGGGCUUCAGAGUGCCGUGGGAGAAGAUUUGGAAUCUGAUGACGAUCAGGAUCCAUCAGGAAUGUUCAAUGAUCCAUCUUCGUUUAAAGUAACCCAAGUCAGUAGAGACGAGCAGAAUCAAAAGCGCUCUGGGCGCAAAAAGAACAAAGGACGGAAAAAGAAUAAAAAUAUCACUCCCGUUCAGCCGAAUCACACAUCCAAUCACAGGAGCCACAGCACCACCGCUGACCCCUGCCUGACCUCUCACGUGGACUACUGCAUCCACGGCCACUGCACGUACCUGCACGGCCUGAGAGAGCCCGUCUGUGUAUGUAAGAGGGGUUAUGACGGAGAACGCUGUGGGAUCCAGCUCCUUGGGACGUCUCGGGAUGAAAGCGGCGCUGAAACGACCCACACCGCACUCGUCAUCAUGGCUGUCGUCCUGUCGAUCAUCAGCUGCCUAGCCAUCCUGCUUAUGGUCUGUGUGCACUAUAGAACACAUCAUCGCUUUCAGGCAGCUUUCCUGACCUCCACUAACGAGAGAGAGAAACUAGAGAAGAAGAACAUUAUGGUGUGAGGAGAAAGUAGAAGUCACACUGAUGUCACUGGUGAGGAGUGCACUACAGAUAUAUUGCACAUAAGGUGCAUCCCAAUUCGCGUACUUAUGCACUAUUCUAUGCCUUUUUGUAGUAUAAACAGUGCGAGUAGUGUGUAUGCACUGAAAAGAUACCAAAAAGACAAAGUCCACUUUAAAUACUAGGAUAAUGCACUUAAUUAACUGAAAAUACAAAGUGUGGAAUGUUGGAGACUUCAUGCACUGGACUGUUGAAGCUUUAAUUACGCAGCGAAGAGGGAGCGGCAUCAGACUCCGAUGUUGAAUGAUAAAAUAACCUUAUAAAAUUCAUACACUACUUGGUUGAGUACAUAGUGCAUAAGUACAUAGUGUAUAAGUGUAUAGUGAGUCAUUUGAGACGCAACUAGAAUAAUAUAAUAAACCCUAUUGUAACUUAUUGUUUGUACCUAUUUAUUAACAAAUAUAAUUUCCUUAGUAUUUGUCUAUUUUGAUAAUAAAAAAGUAAUGUUUAUUUGAUAUGCGAUAUUUAUGUACACAUAUGAAAUAAAGGACACUCUCAUAA